AUGCACGUCCACUAAGGUUAUUAUAUAGUAUAUUAAGAUAUCCUUAAAAGUUCUAAUAUGCAGCAAUAAUAAUUUAAUUAUCAAAGUUAAUAACAAACUAAUAAGAUAUAUAAUAUAGUUAAAAAUUAAUAGACUUAGCUGUAUGUACUGAAAAUAUUAAUUUAGCUGUUUAUCUUCACUCUUCAUUAUCAAGUUAUUCUUUUUUUAUAAAAAAAAUAAAAUAAAAUAUUUGAAUAAGAUUUUACUAAUAUGUUAAGUUAUUAAAAUUUCAUUCUAAGAUUAUUUUUGUAAAAAGUUUUGAGUAAUAAAAAACUUAUACUUUCAGGCGAUUUUUUCCAUGUUAAAGCGUCUUAUUUAAGUUCAAGGUUAGGAUAUUUAGAAAUACCAAAAUAUUUUUCAUUAAUAGAAGAAAAUAUAAGUAAGGGAAUGAUUAUAUAAGAAAAAUUAAAUUAAAAAAUGAUUGAAAAAUAAAAAGUUUAUGCAAACGAAAUUCAUUAAAUGAUAAUUUUAAGAGACACGUCCUUAAUAUCUUAUUCUUUGAAGUGUUUAGGAAUAAUUAUUCAUAAAGAUUAAUAGUUUUAAUAAGAUCUUUUUGAUGCCGGAGUUAUUUUAGGAAAACUUAUUAGUUUAAAAAAUUAUAUGGAUAAUAAAGAUAAUAUUUUUUUACCUUGGGUAAAUUAAGUAGAAGAUAAUCAAAAUGUAUUUAAUUUUGGUGAAUUAUAGGAAUAAUUAAUGAUUUAAUUAAGAACUUAGCUUUUUAAAUUAGGAAUUAGUGAAACUAAAAUUACUGAAUUUAUUUAAAUCCUUUGA